GAGCCGAGCCGCUUCCGCCCUGUCCGCAGGCUCCUCAUGUACGAUGCCACCUGUCAGGCUGCGCACGAGGUCGCUGAGAAAAUCCAGGAGCGAAACCGCUGCCAGAGGAACGGGGAGAGCGCGACCAAGCUCAAUGUGGCCAUCAGAUCAUCCCUGCAGAGCCUCAAGGAGAGGAUUGAUCAGCUGAAGGACUUGCUGCUUCGGGCGGUGUCGACGCACCAGAUCACGCAGCUGGAGGGGGACAGGAGGCAGAACUUGGUGGACGACCUCCUCACACGACACAGGCAACUGCAGGCGUCCUACAAGAACGAAGGCCCGGAACCAGAUGUCAUAAGRUCCAGCCUAAUGACUGGAGGAGUCAAACGAGGUGUAACCAACCCAUGGCUCCUGGAGGAACCUGAGGAAACCAGAGGGCUUGGCUUUGAUGAUAUCAGGCAGCAGCAGCGAAGGAUCAUUCAAGAACAAGAUGCUGGGCUCGAUGCUCUUUCUUCAAUCAUAUCCCGGCAAAAGCAAAUGGGGCAGGAAAUUGGGAACGAGCUGGAUGAGCAGAAUGAGAUCAUCGACGACCUCACCAGCCUGGUGGAGAACACGGAUGACAAGCUCCGCAACCAGACACGGCACGUGAAGCUGGUGGACAAGAAAUCGACCUCCUGCGGACUGCUGGUGGUGAUCGUGCUGCUGCUCAUCGCCAUCGCGGUGGUCGCCGUCUGGCCAACGAAGUAGGGCAGACACGGGGCCUCAUCCAGCUGCUGUCCCACAGCGGAGCGCGGGGGACCCGGAGACGAGAGCGGCUUGUGCAGAGACCUCCGUGAUUUCAAUAAACUCAGCAGCACCGGAAUGACGCCGUGCGCGGCCGAGCGCGUGCCCUGCGGCGGGGCACGGCCGAGAAGGGCUCGUGGUGGCGCUGCCCAUGCUCCCUGCCCUCACGCGGCACUCGGUAGCGUGAGCCUGCCUGUAGGAUAGAGCCCUUCCCCGCCGCAUCCGCCUCUCAGCAAGAGUUUGCAUUUGGGGGCAUCUGCCUGGCCCGUUCUUUCUUCUCUUGAAAGGCCCUUCGUCUUGAGGGCUUUAAAAUACUGUCUGCUGGUAACCUGGGGGCUUGGGGCUACCUAAGUGGAGUUCCUGUGCUUUCUGACAGAGGUUUCUUACAUUUCCCAAGGAAUAAACAUCUUAGGCCACACAUGUAUAGACUCCAUCGAGAUGGAAAACCAGAGAGCACGUGUAGGAACAGCCUGAGGACAAGGCCGUGACCUGCCCAAAGCUUUCAUGAGCGAGUCAGCCUUUGGCUGCUGYGGGGCAGCUGUGGGCGCCGGUCUCCACACGUGGAAAAGGGGAAGCAGCGGAUCUUCAACAUGUUAGUAAAAACUAACCAAAAAAAAAAAAAAAAAAGGUACCGAGCAUUUGCUUCUGACCAGAAAAAUCCUUAUUUUGUUAUAUGCGCCAAUUUGAUUCUCAAUUGACAGAGCAAGCAAUAACCACACUGAAUAAAAGCGGAAGCGUU